AUGGCAGAAACAUCUAGAAAUAAGCAUAGCACACCAAAAAAAAAACUAGAACGACGACAAGAAUUACCAAAGUUAGAGCGGCAGAAACAUAGGGCUCAAAAGUAUCGGCCGGAGUGGGAAGAAUUAGAUGUAUUUAAAAAGUGGCUCAAGCCAGGCCCUAACGAAUUUAAAGCCAAAUGCUUUAUCUGCGACUCUAUUUUAACUGCAGAGAUUGGAGUUUUAAAAAUGCAUGCCAAUAGACAAAAACACCUUGACGCAAUGAAAAUGUUGCCAUCAACAAGUAAGCAAGUUUCCACAAUGGCAUCAUUUGUAACGAAAAAAAUCCCAACAAACGUUCAAAAUGCCGAAGUAAAACUUACCGGUUUUUUAGUUGAGCAUAAUUUAGCGUUCAAAACGGCAGAUCACUUGACGGAAUUGCUAAAAAGCAUAUUCCCGGAUUCAAAGAUAGCUCAACAAAUUUCUCUUAAAAGGACCAAAGCAACUGCCAUUGCCACAGCAGUCAUAGGAGAGACCGAAAAAGAAGUCAUGGUGCCAAAAUUAAAACAAAAUAAGUUCAGUGUAAUUUGUGACGAAUCCACUGAUAUAAGUACCCAAAAGGCUUCUUGUAUUGUCGUGAGAUUUCGUGAUGAGAAAUCAAAACAAAUAUUUAGUAAAUUUUGGGAAUUGACGAAAAUAUUUGAUUUGUCAAAUCCGGACUUAAAUAACGAAGGAGCCACGGGGAAAAAUUUAUUUAAUGCCUUAAUAAAAUCUUUUGAACAGGAAAAUGUUCCUCUCACUAAUUUAAUAGGAUUUGCUGCUGAUGGUUGCAGUGUGAUGAUGGGAGAAAAUAAUUCCGUUUCCAGUCGCCUUAAAGAGCAUUGUCGUGGUAUAGUAAUAAUGAAAUGUGUGUGUCACUCUGCCCACCUUUGCGCCUCUUCAGCCUGUAAAGAGCUACCUAGAAGAUGCGAGGAUUUAGCUCGAGAAAUAUACGCUUUUUUCAAAAGUAGUUCUAAGAGACAAUGUCAGUUCGCUGAAUUUCAGGAAUUUCUUAAACUGAAACCACACAAAAUGCUUCAUCCAUUUCAGACUCGUUGGCUCUCACUUGUUGCAGUUGUGGAAAGAAUACUCGAACAGUGGGAUGCAUUGAAACUCUUCUUCACAAACACAUGGCUCAGCGAGAAGCUCGUUUCAACAGAAAUCAUAUUUAAUAACUUAAAUGAUCCAUUCAUCAAAUUAUACUUUAAUUUUCUCGCAUGGAUUUUACCUAAAUUUACAGAGUUUAACAAAUUUUUCCAAUCAGAAAACGUUGUGAUAACUUCGCUAAAUGACAAAAUUCACGAAAUAUACCGGGACAUUCUACUCUGUUUUUUAAAGAGAGAUUACGUUAUGAAACAUGAACUUGAAUCAAUAAAUUUCGUCAAUGAAGAAAUGUGGUUAAGAAACGAGCAAAUGUACUUAGGCGUCAGAGUAAUGAAUGAUCUCAAAAAUCUUGAAAUUUCAGGAAGUAAACUGGAACUCAAUAAAUUUUUUAGUGUUUGCCGCAAUUUCCUGGUAACGAGUGCUAAAGAAAUAAAAAAGCGUUAUCGCAUGAAUGACCCCCUUUUAUCAAAACUUCAUAUACUACAUCCUGCGAAUGCUGCAUCGUCAAAAUUUCGAGAAUCUGUUCCUUCGAUAUUUUCAUUAAUCGAGUUACUUCCUAGAGUAGUACAGAUGGACAACAUGAGCUUAAUUCAAAACAUCGAUAAUCAAUGGAGAAAUCUUCCAGCUAAAUUUAAUGAAUUAGAUUUGACUUUACCGAUUGAUAAAUUUUGGAGUGAAUUGCACCUAUGUCAAGAUUAUAGGGAGCUAUCACAAUUCGCAUUAGACACUUUGUGCAUUCCCCAUUCGAAUGCACAAUGUGAACGAGUAUUCAGUCACGUCAAUCUAAUGAAAACAAAAAUUCGGAAUAAAUUGUUGACAAAAACAGUGAAUGGGACUUUGUUGGCUGCACAACAUAUUAAGGAAACUGGAUCAUGUAUCGAUUUCAAGCCAUCUGACGAGAUGUUGUGCAAAUUAAAUUUGAGUAUGUACAAAAGAAUAAAUACUUCGUCUCCCGAGUCUACUGCUGCGCUCAAUGACUCUGAUAGUGAAUAA